GGGAGGGGGGGGCAAGUUAGGGCAGGACGAGACAGGCGACACGGCGGUCGGCACGGAAGUGACGUAGAAGGCAGGCGGCCAUCUUUUCGUGGGAGCAACUUUAACAGAGCGCUUCGCUGGGGUACGGGUCCGUGGGACUGCGGCGUUUGUGCGCAGAUAUUUAUUGUGUCCUCUCUCGCAAGUAUGUCAGAGGAAAUCGAGGAGACCAAAACAUCGGAGGAGGCAACCGGCGAGGAGCAGCGGGAGAUGGAGGACAAGGUGAUCAGCCCAGAGAAGGCGGAGGAGGCCAAGCUGAAGAAGCGGUACCCCAACCUGGGAGCCAAGCCGGGAGGCUCAGAUCUCCUGAGGAAGCGACUCCAGAAGGGGCAAAAGUACUUUGACUCGGGUGAUUACAACAUGGCCAAGGCCAAAGUAAAGAACAAGCAGCUGCCCGCGGCCACAGCUGAGAAGACGGAGAUUACGGGUGACCAUAUUCCCACUCCCCAGGACCUGCCCCAGAGGAAGCCGUCCCUGGUGGCCAGCAAGCUGGCUGUCUGACGCACAGCCUGGCGGAGCUGCUUUCCUCCGCCCUCAUCCCUCAUCCCUCUAACCACGCUGCCCUGCACCUCCAUGCUCUCUCAUGUCGCUCUCCUUCCUGAUUUCCCCUCCCCUCCCUAAUUUUGUAACUAUAACCUUCCAGAAGACUUGGAUUUGUACCUGGACUAGAGCUGAGUGGCUGAGGAAUCCCAGGCAGGACUCUUCUAGUAGCUUAAAAUGUACCGUAGCGUAAGUGACUGCAAGUGUGUGUGUGCACAGCUGGAGAUGACGUUUUAGAAGGUUUUACAUUUUACUGUAUCAUUCCUCGUCUUUUUUUCCCCUAAAUUAUGGAGGUAUGUGCUUGAAUGGUUUGCUGUAACUCUCCGUAACAACCCACAUCUCAUUCUAAUGGCGCUUUUAUUUAUAUAUAUAUAUAUAUAUAUAUAUAUAUAUAUAUAUAUAUAUAUAUAUAGACACACACACACACACACACACACACAUAUAUGUAUGUAUGUAUAUGUAUAAUGUACACUUAAAGAACAGACCAAAAGAAUUGCUUGCUCGGGGCUAAAAUGAGCGUACGUGAUGCUGGAUUGAGAGGUACUCUUUGUCCACCUCUGUCAGAUUGUAAAAUGGCCUUAAACUCUCAUUCAGCUGUCUUGGUCACGCGCUUCCCUGGACAAUGUUUGUCCACCACUGAGAUCAUCCCUGAGAAAUAAGUCAACUGUGUGCUAAAAACUGACCUGAGACCAGGCCUGCUGAGGUUUUGUUUAACUCACUACAUGAAAGUAUGCACGUGCAUUUGACUGUACUGUCACUUUGGUGCCAUUUUGUUUUGUAAAUAAAAUAGUUUUGCAUAAA